CUACUCAUCAACCGAUGCUGAUUGUUCAUACUUUCUGUUUCCUAAGGACAGAGACGUAGGGUACAUUAUAUAUGAUAUCUACGUCUCUGCUAAGGAUUACUUGGAUGUAUUUAUAGACAUGGAUGAUCAUGAAUCUGAAUCAGAAGACUAUCUGGACAGUCUAGAUCUGUAUGGCAGUGACUGUGACGAUUGCUCAGAUAGGUCCUUUCAGCAGGCUGUCAACCGAUCUAACUCCACCUCGCCUGUCCCACCAUGUGGGGUGCAACCUCUUUCAUCUCUAGCUGCCCAAGUCACUGGGGAACAUUAUUCUUGCCAGUUUCUGGAAAAUCAUAAUCCUCCUUUAGAAGAAAUGAUGGUUAAAAAAGUUGCCUUUUGGGCAUUUCCCCAGAGUGAGAGUCGGGUGAAGAUCUAUGCCAAACUAAUGCAUUACAAAGAGGAUGACUGGAGGGACGGAGAGACACUGGUAGAGGAAAAACGAAUCAUGGAAAUCACACAAGUUGGGUUUAUGGUGUCAGCUAUCUUAUCCAAGCCUGUGUUUUUGAGGCAAGAGGCAAGCGACUCUACUACCAUAACUACUAAAUCCAACAUGGAGGAUGCCAAAGUCACGCUCUCAUUUGAAAAACGCAAGGUGACCUCGUCUACAUGUAGCCUCUGUCCUCAGGUUAUCUGGUGUCGACACAUUGUGGCCGUGAUAAUAUACAGGAUACGAAACGCUGACAAGAUCACAGUACAUGCACCUGUCACAGAGGUGCUGUGCACUCUCAACAGAGACCAGAUGCAGAAGUUACUGCAGUAUACCAUCAGUGAGGACCCAGGUGGGGUAACCUGUCGUGUCUUCAAACACAUAGACACAAUCAGGGACUCUAGAUCAGAGGUCAACAAAACUCAGGGUGCACCUGAUCCAACAUUUGGUGUCUGCCCUGACCAGAAGUCAUGUAUCGAUUUGUCACUAGAGCAGCUCAACCAGGACUUCAGAGACGAUGUACAGAGAGUCAGCAGCAUACGGUACCCUGAUACAUGUAACUUUGACGAGAAAGCCAAGUCACAGAUCUACCGCGGUUACAUCCAGAAGGUAGCAGAGUUAGUCGGCAGUGAUGAGGUCAGCUCUGCAGGGAGGGUGUUGAUCAAUAUGGCCAACACAACACUGAACGAAAUCAGCACCCAGAGACCUUCAGCGUGUUUGAACAGACUGUUCCAUGACAUAGAGCGACUCUUUACCUGUUUUAUCCCCAGUUUUAAAGGGCAGAUCAGGGAGGAACUGAUCCAAACUGCCGUUGAUAUUAACAGCAUCACUCAGAACAUAGACAAUCCUGAUAGGUUUAUAACUGCCUCCGAGUGGUCGGAUUUAGAUUCCAUCCCACUGGAAAACUACAUAUCAAGUUCUUCCAUGAAUUGUGAUGACAGCAGUUCUCAGGGCAUCUUGGGGGCUUCAAGACGGGCACCUUUCUACCAGUCUUUGUGUGCCAGUCUUUUACCCGAUCCUCCUGAUUCACUGGAUGAACUGCUGUGUGGGAGACAGAAACCUCUUACCACAUCUUAUGAGGAACAGCUUCCUGUGAUGUUGUUGAGGUUUGAGACAUUGAUGCACUUCGGAACGAAGAAAAUAGACAAAAAGCUGUACAAUUUAGGGGUGGUCAUAUUGAGGAAACUAUUAUGUUUAUCUAGAAAGUACUCUGUCAUUGGUUGUAACAAGGUCCUGGACAGUGAAGCCUCAUCCUCAGAAAGUGAUGAAUCAGAGAAUGACUGUGUUUCCAGUGCAGUGCCCAUGAAGCGAUCACGUAAACAAAAAAACAGACCAAAGAAGAAACCCUGCUCUGUGCCUCGUCUAGAAACCAUAGAGGUCGAUAUGGAGGGCAUGUCUAAGGCCCAGAUUUCCUAUGGUCUACUGUACGUCUGCUACACACUCUACAAGAUAGAAGACCUAGUCAGUUUAGGGCUUGAGGGAUUUCCAGUAAUCUUGGAGGCUACUUUCCGUGCCAUGGAGCUUGGCAGGUUCAGAGCAAUUGCCCCAGAGGAUGCAAUUUCAGUCAAAGAAUACAACUGGCUUGUAUUCCUAGACAAAAAGAUACAGGAGUCGUACUUCAAGCUUGCAGACACAGAUAGUACCAUACAUACCUUACAGGAACAGGCCAUUCAGAAGUACACCUCAGCACUACAGGAACAUCAGGGCAGUUUCUAUGGUGAUAAUUACCCUGUUGGUUUGCUCAGCCUCUUUCUGCAUGAAUCCCUAAUAAGUGACAAAGUUGCACAGACCUUAUCAUUGGAGGCUGCUUGUCUCAGUACCUGUCCACUGAAGAACCUGACAAUACCGACACAUCAUUUAUACGAGAGUAAUAAAGAGGAUAUGAAGAGCAGGUGGACAUCGAUCAUUAAGAAAAUAUUCUAUAGUUUUCUUGACGACAAAAUAAACAACAACCAUGUCAUAUCAAAGUUUCUGACCUACACGGAAAGUAUAGACGAUGUAGAGUAUGCCUUUCUCGUCUACGAUGUACUGAAGCAAUAUCAGAAAGAAUUUACCUUACUUGAGCAAAAGGUCUCCUGCAUCAAAUUUCUAAUGCAGUUGGUCAAGCUUAGCAACAACUCCUCUGAUUUCCUGGGAUCAAAGGACAUGCUCUGUACCUCAUUUGUAGAAAUAGGCCUGCAAAUUCAGGUGGAGUUUCUUGGCUUGAUUCUUCCAAACUGGCAGGAGUUGUGUCUCUUCUUCUGCACGAGGGACCUCACACGAAUCAUAAAGGUCAUGGAAGGCUAUAUGGUGAGUGAUGUCACUUUACCAAAGGAGACGACUGACAUGUUACUCCAGUACUUUGAGGCCCCCUUCGAACAUGAUGAGGAGUGCAGUGAAUUCCUUAAAAUUGUCCAUGAUGAGGUGCUAAGGCAUGAGGCCCUACAGAAGGUCAUCUACAACAACAAGAACUACACUCCUACUGCUCUCUUACUGUUGGCCAAAAUCGAACAUGACCAAAUGGACUCAUCCACAUUACCAUUUGGAGAUAUAUUUUCUGAAAACGUAUUCCUUCUGAUACAACAGGCUUUCAGGAGGCUCAGAGAGUCAAAUAACGAUGCUAACGAGGAAAUGGAGUCAUCAUUUUCGGUUGACCUAAGGGUCCAUCUGCUAUGGUUUUUUGAAAAAAUUUCUGAUUGUGACAAAUGUGGUAACUAUGGGAACGAUAUUGUCACAGGCUCACAAUUCUCCACUGUCAUGGAUGACUUAGCAGCUACUAUCAGACAUGACUCCCAGCUACUGGUUUCUUUCUUCAGUGAAAUGAAAAAAUCUGAACCACUUUUUGCUUGUGCAAAACGAGUCCUUGGGGAGCACUUGAUUGGUAGCUACAAGAGAAGAUUUCAGACACGCCUACGGACUUGUGGCAGAUGUUCAUAUGAAUAUGUUCUCCAAGAAAUGAAAGAGGCAAGAAACCAAUGCAUGCAAUAUGUUGACAAUGGAAGUGCUUUGUUUAAAAAGAAUGUGACUGACCCCAUCAGACGACUUCAUCGUGGCAAAAAGAAAUUUCUAGGCCUGAUGGAUUCUAAAUUCCCAGAGCUACGCCAGGAUACUACAUGUAGUACAUAAAGUAACGGGGAUGUAUAGGACGGUAUGAAAGUGAUGGUGCUUCAUCCAACUAAUACGGGAUGAUAUGCUCUAAUAUGGGAUGAUAUGCUCUAAUAUAUAUAUAUCAUCCAACUAAUACAGGAUGAUAUGGGAUGAUAUGAUCUAUAUACAUCAUCUAACUAAUAUGGGAUGAUAUGAUCUAUAUACAGGUAUAUUUGAUAUUUCUAAUACAGGUUUUGCCACAGGAUGGUACUACAAUUAAUAUUUGCUGGAAUUUUAUUUACACAUGUGAAUAAAGAACAAAAUCUUAAUCAAAGAAAUCCAGAGCUAUCAAAGAAUUAUACAUUCUGAUAAAGUAUAAUCAUGUGAUACAUUUUUCAUUCUCAAAUAAUAUAUUCCUUGUGAACUUUGAGAAACAGAUUGAAAUAAUUUUUAGUUUAUUUUGAUCAGUUAAAUGUGUAUCUAUUGUUAUAAUAUGGUUUACAAAAAUGUGUAUUGUAUA